AAGCAAAAGCCCGCAGACCCUUCGGCUCUCCAGGAGCAGGAUUGAGGACCACUGCUGUAGAUUUAUUUUAAAAUAUGCCACAGCAACCCAUUCACUUUCCGUAGUGCAGGCAGGGAAAGUUGCUUUGCCUCUAGAGCUACUUACCAACGCUGCAGUUACAGCAUCCCAGGCAGCGGGAAGCUCCCGUGGCACAACGAGCGACUGUCCCGAGUGCAUGCCAAAUAGACAAGGAACACGCUCAAAGAAGCAUUAAGCUGACGAACAUAUGAUAUUGACUAUGCAAUCGGUAGGAUUGCAGUAUUCACUUAAAUUCUACACACCAUGGGCUAAAAAUACAUAUCACAGUCGCGCUCUUCUUUGAGUUUCUGGCGCACAGAUAUUACGUCGGCUGUCAAAAUGCGUCACAGGCGUGGCGGAAUUUGAUGCUUGUGUGUGGCGGAAACGUAUACUGUAGACAGUUGUCCCAGAAACUAAGUGAACUGGAGUAAAAUAGAUCUUUGGUUGAAAUGUACGGAGUAAGAAACGGAGCGGGUGAGCAGGAUAGAUAAGAGAAAGUCUGUCUUUGAGAGCAGAGUCUCCCCGGAGCGGAGGGAAGAGGUCGGCAGCAUGUCCCAACAAGGAGCCGCGAUGCAGACCUACAACAAUGAACUUGUUAAAUGUCUGGAGGAGUUGUGCUCAAGGCGGGAGGAGCUGAGCGUGCAAAUCCAGAAGGAGGAGGAGGAGAAGACGCGGCUCCAGCAGGAGAUGCAGCUCUUGACGGAGAAGCUGAACCGCGUCACCGACAGCCUGGCCCGCCGGACCGCUGCUCGAGCGCAGUACGACCGCACCAUCGCAGAGACCGAGGCCGCCUAUAUGAAGAUCCUGGAGAGCUCGCAGACUCUGCUGAGUGUGCUGAAAAGAGAAGCGGGGAACCUGAGCAAAGCAACGGACAUGUGAAGAGACUAAGACAGGAACUCUCACUCAGACCUGUGAAGAUAAAUAGGACAGGAACUCUCACUCAGACCUGUGAAGAUGAAUAGGACAGGAACUCUCACUCAGACCUGUGAAGAGACUAAGACAGGAACUCUCACUCAGACCUGUAUAGAGACUAAGAUGGGAACUCUCACUCAGACCUGUGUAGAGACUAAGACAGGAACUCUCACUCAGACCUGUGUAGAGACUAAGAUGGGAACUCUCACUCAGACCUGUGCAGAGACGAAGACAGGAACUCACUUACAGUUAAUCCAUCAAUCCGUUGUGCCACACACAAAUCUCCUCCCAACAUUAUCCCGUCCUGUAGAAUUGCUGUUUCUUUACAUACCCAAAUAUCAGCAUUGGGAACAGACCAUACAGUUGUCUGUAUGUCCUGUGUAUGAAUGUGUGAGAAUGUUUUAUGCACAAAAAAAUCUCAUGUUCUGUCUGUGGAUCCCUUUUGUACAAAGUAAAAUAAUUUAACUGUG